AAGCGCCUGCCGUCACUAGGACUCGCGGCCGCCCCUCGACUGCUGCGGAUCGGGAGCGCGCCUGGCUGCCUUUGGCAAGCCUGUACCUUAUGUAGGUUGCUUUCCCACCCCGGCCUUAGUUGUCGCCCGCGAGUUUUUCUUCCUUCAGCGCGGCAAGUAAGGCCGGGAGCGAGAAGCGAGGGCGGGGCCGUCAGGCAGAACUAAUUCCCAACCAGAACCUCCCGGCAUCGCACGCAGCUUCGCCGUCCCCUCCGCUGACACCGCUGCCUCCUUUUCUGCGGGCUGCGCUCUCGGAUGCUGGACGGCUCAGCCUGCUUUCCGCCCUCUCCGUGAGCAUCCAUCCCGGGUGCGGUAAACUUUGAUCGCCGAGGGAAAUAAGCUCAGAGGGAAAGGCAGCUCGGCAGGUCUUGCCAGCGGGCUGCUCCCGAGGAUGGAACCGGCCGCGUACGGAGCUGGCAAAGCCGGAGGCGCCUUUGACCCCCAGACCUUCAUCCGGCAACCUCACACCAUCCUCCGGAUAGUUUCUUGGCUUUUUUCCAUUGUUGUGUUUGGCUGCAUUGUGAAUGAAGGCUAUUUCAACCAACCCAACACACCAGAACAGUUCUGCAUCUACAAUCGCAACCAGAAUGCCUGCAACUAUGGUAUCACCGUGGGAGUCCUUGCAUUUCUCACCUGCCUUCUUUACUUAGCCCUAGAUGUCUACUUCCCGCAGAUAAGCAGCGUCAAGGAUCGCAAGAAAGCUGUGCUUUCAGACAUUGGAGUAUCUGGCUUUUGGGCAUUUCUCUGGUUUGUCGGUUUUUGUUUCUUGGCUGACCAAUGGCGUGUUUCGAAGGAAGAGGAUAGUCCACUGAAUGAAGGAUCAGAUGCAGCCCGAGCAGCCAUUGCCUUCUCUUUUUUCUCCAUCUUCACCUGGGUGGGCCAGUCUUUUCUGGCAUUCCAGCGAUAUCAACUUGGAGCGGAUUCAGCACUCUUCUCCCAGGACUACACAGAUCCAAGCCAGGAGGCUGGCAUGCCUUAUGCACCCUACACAAAUGAGGAUACCACAGAUAGCAUGGCGACCUACCAGCAGCCCCUUUCCGCAGAUGCUUUUGAUGCUGGGACACAGGGGUACCAAACGCAAGACUACUGAAAGCUGUUGGAGACCUCCUAUUUCCCUUCCCUUUACCCACUCUCUUCUGCCACUGAGAAGUCAGCGUGCAAAGCAGACCAGAGCAACAGGUGACUCUUGGCCCAUUCUGGCCUUCUAGGUUCUGUUUUUUAAUUUCUUCUUUACAGAAAAUGCCUCCUCCUCCGAAAUUCUCCAUCAUAACUAGAUUGCUCAUUGCAAAACAUUUUAUUGUUUGUGUUGCAGUGAUAGAUUCUUUGUAUGGGAAGCUCAAACUGUCUUUCAGAGGGAAAGAGGGAAAGAAUCUCAAAAUGCUGUUGGUGGAAAGCAGAACCACUGGGAUGUGAAUGAAUUCUAGUUAAGAUGCCAGUGUGUAAAUGUAAGUGCUGAGAAAUGAGAAUAAGAACUGACAGAUGAGUAGAGCAUCCUAUAAACGAGUAGUGAAAGUGGGCGAGCAAAGGUGAUUGCUGUACAAAGCAGCAAGGAAAAAUAUAGAGAUGGCAAACAGAAAAGGAUCUCAGGUAGGUGAGAAUGGAAUCAUAAAGUGUUGGAUGUGGAAUCUAUAAUAAGACAGAUUGGAUUUGAUAACAGGGAGCUUUAAAAAUAUCCCGGAUUUUCAUGAAAUACUAAAAUGUUUUGUUUUGUGCACUCUAUUAUUAUUAUUUUUUAUUUUCAUUUUAUCUGCUUCAGGUUGAUAAUACAUGGUUUCCUUCACAAACUGUUCCACUGUUUGAUCACUUGCAAUUGGUUUUUUGGAGAAUUGAGAAGUAUUACAUGAUUCUUUGAUCAAGUUCAAAAAGCAAAAUGUUAAAUACAGGCUGAAAAAUGAGAGACAGAGUGGUUACAUUUGUUUCUGAAUAUGAGGCAGCUGUUUACAACAGAAUCACAUCUGUUCAUUCUACUGUAGGCUAAACCAAAUCUGAUGAAGUGGCUUUGUUUAGUUGACAAAACAGCGUAUGAGAAGAGGCCCAGUCACAAUCCACAAAAUUUAAACUAACUAAAUGACUGAUAAUUUCAUUCAAUUAUUUUUUUUCUCCAAAAAUGGUUAUGAAGACAAGUGUGCAAAUCAUGACCAUGAAAUCUCCUUCAAAUUCAGACUCAUAGUUAAUAGAUUGUCAUCAGGAUUAUAUUAUGCAAAUCACAAUUCAGUUGGAAAAAUAAUGAGUGCCAAUAACAGUCUGGAAAAUCCUGUGACAACACAACCAUAUUGAGAUGUAAUUCAAGUACCACUGAACAAAAUUACCUGUAUCAGUGGACAAUCCUCUUUUCCAGUUUUUUUAAAAAAUAAAGCUGAUUUCCAAUUGGAGAAAUGCCAAUGUUGAUAAAAUUAUAGUGAGUAGAGGAAUGGACAUAAAAAUAAGCAAAAAUAGCUUUGAAUAAGACAAUACUUCUGCCCAGUAUGUUAUAUGGAACACAGUCAGGAUAAACAUAAAAAUAACUUCAAUGCAAUGGAAAUGAAUUACUUAAGAAGUGUAUGAGGUAAAGCAUGGUCAAGAAUGAAUAGCUAGAAAAUGAAUGUGGACUGAAUAUAAAAGUGAGUCACCAGUAUUGUACAAAAGAAGUAUAUUGAAAUGGUUUGGUCCUAUAAAAAGAACAAAUGAAGAUUGAUUUGCAGACUAAGUACAUGAAGAAAGAGUGUGUUGAGAGGUAGGGGAAGACCAAGAAAGUCAUGUGGAAUGAAACUCAAAUUCUCCUAAGGAGAGAAGUUUCUUUUUCUUAUCUCAUGCCUUAACUUUCUUCAGUAUACUAUUUCUUGGUUCUUUACUGCACUGUUCAUUAUGUUGAUUAACCCAAAAGGGAAUAGUGUGAUGGAUACAUAAUAUAUGUAUACUAUUCAUAUAUUCAUGAUUCAAGCAAUUAAGAGGAUAAAUAAGGAACAAGUGAUACAAGUCUAAUCAGACAAAGGAUUAUUCAGAAGUAAACUCCAUCUCGUUCAAUGGGACUUGCUCCGGUGAAUUGUGUCUAGAAGUUUAAAAAUAUUUAUUCAUGAAUUUCUAAAGAAAAGUGCUUGGACCAAAUGUUGUCUGGAAACCACAUUCAUUGUAUUAAAUGAUAAUGUCUUACAAGAAAACAUUAACAUUUUGUAUAGAGUGUAACAAAACAGAAUUCUUCUAUCUUUUAAGCUCGUGUACAGUGGUCAGAGCUAAGAAAAUACCAUUGAGUUCUAUACCAAGAACAUUUGUAAAAAAACUCAUCUACUCUUAGUGAUAUGUUACCCAAAGUAAAUCCAAAAGUUAUUGAUUUGCAAGUUGCUAGUACAAAUAUCUGCCUGUCUUUCCUUAACCAUCUUUUAAUUCAGCAAGCUUUUAAUGACCAUUUCUCCUCUAAAGGAAACUAUAGAAUUAUUUUCAUUUAAGAGGUUUGCCUUAAGUGUACAAAGAUCACAACAUUUAGUGGAAUAAGUCUGUUGCUAAGCAAUACAAAACACUAAGUCAAAAGUGAAGAUGCAGUAUUCAGUCUCAAUAUUUAGCUAAUUUCCCAAAAUCAUAUUUUCUUAAUUGUAUGUCAGGGAGCCAAAGAUGGAUCUUUUGUCAUGAAUGAUAGGAGCUGUAGCUCAAAUUAUGCUCCCACAUUGCCCUUAUUCUGAUAUACCUACAGAUAACCUUCCCAAUAUCACAGCAGUACAUCAUCAGGGCCACUGUAUAAAAUAAGCCUAUGCAGCAUUUGAAAUGCCAUUUGACUAUGGGCAUCCACAAGGGGACGUGUCAAAAUCUGCAAGAUGGCAGACACAGUAUUGCAUUUUUUUUUAUAUGGCAAAUCAGUGGGCAUACAAAAGCAUAGGACCUGGAUCCCAACAUUACACCUGCCUUCUUGCGGAUAUUGACCUCUUUCCCCAGUGGAUAUUGCGGCUUUUAACCUUCUCUGUUUUUAUUAAAUCAAGCUGGUAUAAACAGACAGUUCUUGCACAAAGAGGAAAAAAAAUCUCCAUAUAAUUAAUUCAGGCUUUGAAAGCAGAGAGCAAUGAAAUGAAAAGAAAACGCACACUGUGGUGUUUGGUCUUCCCCUCGUGUGGCUGGUAUGAUGUUUUUUGUAUGUAGAAUGACUUCAGUAUGUUUUCUAUUGUCUAUUUUUCUCUCGAAAUACACUGUGAAGAAGGUGUGGCUACUAGGCAGAAUUAAGAGGAUGUGAUCAUCUCUAGCAGGGGUCUCCAAACCUUGGCAACUUUUAGACUUGUGGACUUCAACUCCCAGAUUCCUCAGCCAGUGAAGCAACUCUGGGAGUUGAAGUCCACAAGUCUUAAAGUUGCCAAGGUUGGAGACCCCUGAUCUGUAACACUGAAGCACAAAGAACUUGGUCCUCUUAUGGUUCCAGGUAAAAGCAAUAUUGUAUAGGCUUGAGAGGGGGGGGGGUUCUCUUUCAAAGCCUCUGUUAUUGGAGUAGCCUUAUAUUUAGGCAUAUGGGAAAGGGGAGGAGGGGGUUCUUACUAAAUCAGGCCAAGGGUGCUUGAUUAUAGAAUUGGACAGGAGGCUAGAAAAUCUAGUGGUAUAGAAUUGCGAAGCUUUGUGAAUGUCACUUGCAUUCAUUCAUGUCAAGUUCACCUAGCAAAAACGACAACUGGGUUUUGGCUUGUAGGAUAGGCCAAGCUACAUUAAACUCUCUAUUUACAAACUGAACUCUACAUUCGUGUAGUAAUGGACAUUAAUCCAUGCCACUUUUCCUUUCCCACAUGGAUAUAAUUUUAAAUCCAAAUAGAAGCUUACCUCAACCAUUCAGUAUCAUUACAAAGUCUAGAAAAGGGGCACACCUGACAAUGGUGAAAAUGUUAGCUCAUUUCUGUCAUCCUGCAAACCAGGAUUGCAGUUAAGGGUAUUGAAUCUUUCACUUUAUAAUAAACAUUAUACUCUCAGAUCUGGGCAUGGCCAAUGCCUGUCUUAAAUCUUCUUUCUUACAAAAAGUUCAAUAAUGAUUUCUUUUUUGAAACAUUUUCUAUUUCAUUCAAAGAGGAUCAGAUGUCAGUCUGGCUUACUUCCAUUUAAUUGAAGUACCCAAACAGUAACACUGGCUACUGUUUGGGUAAUACAAGCCUUUUAUUUGAACAAUAAAAGGGUUUUCUGUAGAAAAAGUCCACCAUCAAGGGAGACAUUUUGGCUACUCAGAAGCUAUAUUAUUUAUUUAUUUAUUUAAAUAUUUAUAUGGCUGCCCAAUUUGCAAAAAUGCAACUCCAGGCAACCAAUAACCAUAAUAUAAAUAGUAAUCCUCCCUGACAAAGGCCCAGUAACAAGAACAAUUCACACAAUUGGGGCAUAACAACAUAUGCUUCCUCUCCCCAGGAAGAGUUCACUGUUAUCUCACUGAACUCAGCAUUGUGAUGAUUGCUCUUUGAUACGCCACUGGAAUCUUUGCAUUAAUUUCUGACACAAGAUUGCAGCCAUUUCAUACUGAAUUAUAAAGCAACUGAAUUACCUCAGUGUUUAGCUCAGUUUCCACAUAAAGCAUGAGGAAUGGAUAACACUUAUGCAUAGAGGUCAUGCUCAAUGAGUUAUCACUUAACUUAGCUUCCUGGCAGAUGGCUCUGCCUCUUUAGAACCAUACAGAGCCCCUUUACGCUAAUGUAUUCCUUGCAGGGCAAUUCUAGUAUAAUUUGGCUGCUUGACCUAAUGUGAAACAGUUUGGAAAUACAAUACUGGCCUGGAACAUUGCAUUAUAUUUCUGAAGUUGAAGUUGUUAUCUUCCUCAGAUUUUAAUUGUUCAGAGGGAAUAUAAGCCACAUAAAAGUUGACAAUUAGAUUGAUCAGCAUAUAGGGAUUUCCUUGUUUAAUGAUAUCUUUGUUUACAUCUACACAACUUCUGAGCCACUGCAGAGAGAAAGAAAGAUGACCUUGACAGAGAUGUGCAAGCUCCAUUACCAAAGCAAUGAGGGGUGAAGCGUAUCUUAAAUGUACAGUAAAUAGUAUUUGGCUCAGAUAGACACCUCCCUAAUUCAUUGGAGUGUAAGAAAGAGGAGGUGCAGUACAAUCAGACUUGCAAGAUUCUGUUAUUAUAGCCAACCACAAUAAAAGUAAUUUUAGCCUUCCUGUGGAAUUGAUUACCUUAUCUGGUGAGAUUGAAAGCCCCCAAAGUAAAUAUCCAUCAUCCAGAUGAAGAAGAUCGCUAGGCAAUAGUGUAGGUCGUUUACUGAGGUGAGUUGUCUUAUAUUGUUAUAGAGCUGUGUGUAGGCUAAUGGUUCAUAAAGGUUGACUUUAAUUGUUUUGUGCCCAGCAAAUAGGGAAGUACUUGCAUACAUAUCUCACCUGAAGACCAUUAUCAUUGAUGUCCAAGGAAGAAUGGAUAUCCAGUCCAAUUUUUUAUUAUUGAAUACUGAAAUCAAACAAAUGUUUCUCUAACCUUUGUUAGAGAAACAUUUUUCCCUAGUUUUUUCAAUAAUAGUGGACAAUGGUUCUUGGUAUUUGAUGCUGCUAGAUCUCUGUACAUUCCCAAGCAUGAUUUCAGUUGCAAAGAAAGACUACUUUUGGUGAUUUUAUGAAAUUAAGCUGGAAGAGAGUAAAAAAUCAUAGGCCAGUUCAUUUUACAUCAUGCAAUACAUACAGUUCUGACAAUCUCUUUGUCCCAGAAUCAUUGACUCAGGAGUAUAUCCUUAAUCUAUUGCAUUACUGCCCGUGUAUAGUAUAUAUAUAUUAUAUAUAAAGAUGUAUAAUAUAGAACUCUAUAUACACACAUAUACACAUAUCUGGCAAUGAAAGAGUGGCUUGCUCCAUACAGGAUCCCCCAAAUGUUCAGUGAAUUCUUAGCUCCACUCAUUUUAUCCUCUUCAGUGUAUCUCCUCCUACCAACUAAUAGAAGAAACCCUGACCUCUUGGCAUCUCUGUUUAUGACGUCCUAUAUGUUUGUGGUUAUUUAAAAAAAAAAACAAGUGAAGGUGAUAAUUACUGAUAUCUUAUCAAUAAAAUUGUUACAUUGAAAAUUGUAA